AUGAACACCUCGGACACUAAUCUCGACAAGAAGGACGUAGGGGACAAGGUGCACAUCCGCGCGUCGCACGAGGUCGACACGGCGCAGGACGACGUCGCGGCAAAGUUUCUCGCCGAGGUCGCGGCGCGUGAUGACGCCGACGCGCUGCUUGCCGACCCCUCCGCGCGCGAGGUCAAGUCGCUCCUGCGUAAAGCCGACGCCAUCAUCGUCACGCUCCUCCAGUUUGCCUUGAUGAUGGGCUCGGUGGACAAGGUCAGCAUCGCGUCCGCUGCCGUGCUCGACAUGCGCGAGGACACGCGCCUGAAGGGGCAGGAGUACGCGUGGACCUCGGCGAUCAUCUACAUUGGCGCCAUCAUCGCCAUCAUUCCGUCGCUCGCGCUCAUGCAGAAGCUCCCGACAAACCUGUACAUCUCGACGAUGGUGCUCACGUGGGGCGUGAUCACGAUGGGCAUGGCCGCGAGCCGUAACUUCGCCGACUUGAUGGGCGUGCGCUUCAUGCUCGGCCUGUUCGAGAGCGUCAUCUUCGCUGGCUUUGGCCUGAUCAUUUCGAUGUGGUACACACGCGAGGAGCAGCCCCUGCGCACGGCCAUCGUCUUCUCCACUCUGUCGUCCGUGAUGAACGGCCUGCUGGCCACCGCGUGCGUGCACUAUGUCGGCCCGAUAGCGCGCUGGCGCCUCCUCUUCAUCGUCGUCGGUGCGAUCACGUUCGGCUGGUCGCUUCUGCUCUUCACCCUCCUGCCGGCCAACCCCACCUCGGCGUGGUGGCUCACCCUCCGCCAGCGCGUCAUCGCCACGCGCCGCAUGGCCGCCGCGCGCACCGGCAUGGCGAACACAACUUUCAAGUGGGGGCAGUGUCGCGAGGCUGUGCUUGACCCCAAGACGUGGCUCUACUUCGCCAUCAACGUCGUGCUCAAUAUCCCCAACGGCGGGCUGAUUACCUUCAACAGAAUCAUCGUCAAGACCCUCGGCUUCACCCUCCAGCAGACGACGCUCCUGGGUAUCCCGACUGGCGUCUUCUCGUGGAUCUCGUCCCUCCUGUUCGGAUACAUCGCCGUCAAGACCCGGCAGCGGUGCUACUCCGCCAUGGCAUCAUGCUUGAUCCCGCUUAUGGGCACGAUCCUGCUGUACAAGAUCCCGCGGAGCAACAUUGGUGGCUCGCUCGCGUCGUUGUACCUCGUUUACUUCUACUGGGGGCCAUACAUCGUCAUGAUGGGCUCGGUGUACGCCAACACCGGCGGGUUCACCAAGAAAAUGAUUGUCUACGCCAUUGCGUACAUGGGCUACUGUGUCGGCAACAUUGUCGGGCCGCAGACGUUCCAGGCAAAGCAAGCGCCAAAGUACACCGCUGGAGUGGUCGCCAUGCUGACCUGCUACGGCUGUGCGCUCCUCUUGAUUUCCGUAUACCGAGUGUAUCUCGUCUACCUGAACAGCCAGAAGGCCAAGCAGCUGGAAGCGCAUGAGCGUGAGAACGGAACCGAGGUCGACCUGCUCGACGAGUGGCAGGACCUCACGGACGGUGCGAACCCACGGUUUGUGUACGAGCUGUAG